GGGGAGGGUUGAGGGAGAGGAGAAGAGGAGCCACAGGUCCUGGAGGGAGUGAGUGGUAGAAAAAGAUGUUCAUGGAAUUGCCAUGGAAUCUGGCAACUGAGUGUCUUGCAGGGUUUGGGAUGGGCAAGUCCAGAACUUGAGUCAUGUUGGAAUCGACCUCAGACGCCUUGACCGCAAGGCAGCCAGGAGACUGGACCACGCAGGACCAGAUUCAGAAGGGUUACACACCCCUGGCCGAGGCGUUCUGGGGGCCGCUUCCCGGACCUGCCUCGCUGAGCACAGCACGCUCUCCUGAGUCACCUUUCUGGGCUCCAUACCCCCUCUGUCGCAGGGGACUUUGUUUCACUGGAAAUCACUAAAGUGGGCCAGAGCCAAGUUUGGUUGGAAGUUGGGCAACACUGUUUUUUUGCCCCAAAGUGAUUAAAAUGAUCAUAGUCAUGAUGCUGACUUUGCUGUGGGACUUGGGGAAAUGGUUCUGAAGAUAGUUGCGAAGAGGGAAAGGUUUCAAUCUGGGUUUGCCUUGGCUCCAAAGAGGAGGUCCUUGAGGAGAACCUCCAGCCUCUGCUGACCUCUCUCAGUCCGCCUGGCGCCUCCGACACUGCCGGGCCAUCACGGCUCCACCCCCACCGAUAUCACCACCCCUUCACCAGCUGCAUCCUGGUCUCCGUCUCUUCUGACCCAGCAGGGCUCGGCGGGAAGAUGGGCUCCCGCGGGCUGGGACUUGCGCUGGCAUGCUGCCUGCUGCUGGCCUUCGCCUGUGGUCUGGUGCUGGGCCGAGUGCCCCAUGGGCAGCAGGAACAGCAGGAGCAGGAGGGGACCAGGGAGCCGCCGAUGGACCACGCUGAGAGGGAUGAAGAAGAGCAUGAAAAAUACGGCCCCAGGCAGGACGAGGAAGCCCCUGCUUCCCGGUGCCUCCGCUGCUGUGACCCUGGUACUCCCGUGUACCAGGCCAUCCCGGUGCCGCAGAUCAACAUCACCAUCCUGAAAGGUGAGAAGGGCGACCGGGGAGACCGGGGCCUGCAAGGCAAAUAUGGCAAAACAGGGUCCGUGGGUGCCAGGGGCCACACGGGACCAAAAGGGCAGAAAGGGUCCAUGGGGGCCCCUGGGGACCGCUGCAAGAACCACUACGCCGCCUUCUCCGUGGGCCGGAAGAAGCCCCUGCACAGCAACGACUACUACCAGACGGUGAUCUUCGACACGGAGUUCGUGAACCUCUACAGCCACUUCAACAUGUUCACAGGGAAAUUCUACUGCUACGUGCCCGGCAUCUACUUCUUCAGCCUCAACGUACACACCUGGAACCAGAAGGAGACAUACCUGCACAUCAUGAAGAACGCAGAGGAGGUGGUGAUCCUGUACGCGCAGGUGAGCGACCGCAGUAUCAUGCAGAGUCAGAGUCUGAUGCUGGAGCUGCGGGACCAGGACGAGGUGUGGGUGCGCCUCUUCAAGGGCGAGCGGGAGAACGCCAUCUUCAGCGACGAGUUUGACACCUACAUCACCUUCAGCGGCUACCUGGUCAAGCCGGCCAACGAGCCCUAGCCACCUGCCAGCCUCCAUCACCACAGGCUCACCUUUCCUUCUCCCCGUGCCCCACCCUGCUCCGCUGGACCUUCCCCCCCCCCCCCCCCCACCAUCUGGAACCUCCCUCACCCACUCCUGGUCAGCCCCACCUGCACCCGGGUUUCCCAGGCCCCCCACGCCGCCCUGCUUUGGCAUUCGACAUGACGCCCCUCACGGGAGCGGGAAGCAACGUUGGCUGGGUGGUCUCAAGCCUUGCUGUGUCCGCAUGUGCAAUCACCAGGUGGGUGUGCCUACGGGAGUUCCCCUCUGUGUGCAUGUCCUUGAGUGAGACCCUCCCCCGACGUGCCCCACGACAACGAUGCACCAGGGUGUCCCAGAGCAAGCCACCCUUGCUCCAGUUGCUGGGAAUAAUAAAGCCAGUUCUAAAGGUUGUGAAAGGAGCAAAGUAAACCAUGAAAAGAGAGGGAGGCAGUUGUUAUUUUUGUCUUCCACUGGCCCCGCUGGCUCCCAGGAGGGCCAUCUCCGCUUAAGGCGGCGGAAGACUCCUGGUAAGACAAGAUCUAAAGUGGAUGCCGAGGGUAUCCACUAGAGAGGAAACGACUGGCUUAAUAUUUUAGGCCACAUAUGAACCUUCUUGGGGGACAGCUGGACUGAUGUCCACAUCCUGUGGACAUUGCUGCGGCCUCGCCCAGGGGCUCAGCUGGUCUUUCUGAGCCACAACGGUGAGGGGGUUUGAACUGGGCGGCAAGUGUCGCUUCCUCAGAGGGGCAGCCACGCCCUCGGCCUCGGCCUCUGAUUGGGGGAAUAGUCUGCUGUUCAGUCUACUAGAAACCGUGGGCUUCUGGCAGCAGGUGGUUCUCUGAGCAGCAAAGGUCAGUACAACCCAGACAAGCCAUGCAUCUUUGCAUGGCUCUGUUGACCACACCCCCCACACCCCACCCUGGCAUCCUGGGCAGGGCUUCCACGCCUGCCACCCUGGCACGGGCUUUCUGUCCCUCUUCUCCAAUGGGUCAGCUAGGGAAGGCUCAAGGGUCUUUGGUUUUGUAGCAGCUCUCAUGGUUGCACAAUAUUUUCAAUAAAACCUGCUCAUACACCCUCUCAGAGUUCUACACCCCAGAGGGUUCAGCAUUCAGCCCGCCAGGACACUCCCCUCGAACCUCUUUGACCAUCAGCCUAAGACCAUGCAGCAGGGGGCUUUCCUGGGCCCCAGAGCAGGGGAGAGUUCGAAGGGACUGGAAGGCUCCCCCCGCCUGUCUCCAGAGCUCCUGCACAGCUUAGCCUCUGAAAGAGGGCGUGUCCCCACCACCGGUGUCAGAGUGGGGUGUGGGGGCGCUGCCUGGAUUGGUGCUCUAGUUCUUGGCUGACUUUGGCCAGGCAGCCCUCCCCCACUUCCCUACAUCAACCCCCAGGGCCGGGGUCACCCUGCCUGCUUGGGCCCUAGGACUGACAGGAGGCCUCCUGCUCACAAUCUGGUAACACCCAGUCUUGACCGAUCCCUCUGCCCUCACCGGGCCUGGCUGUGGGGUCUGGGGUCCCUACAUCCCUCCCUCUGCUGGUCAGACUUUAAAAACUGUGUUUCUGUUUCUGCUGGUGAGCAGGGUGCCUGCCUGCUGCUUUGUGCUGCCUCGGUGCUCUUCCAGAAAACAUUAAACUUGGAAUUGUGUGUUUCAGCA